UGCAGGUUGCUAGGGGUCAAAUCGAGCAUUCGAUAAAUAUGAGGCAGAGACUGACAGCACAACCUCUUCCAACUACUACUAACCCAUCAAUGGAAUCCACGAGGGCAGUUGAAUUCAACCUGUCUUCAGUUCAACUUACCAGCACUCCUCUGCCUGCAGCGUCCCAACCUGUGAUUUCUCUUGCAACUUCGAAAACUACUGAAGAGGAUUAUAAGAAGGCAGCAGCAGCUGCAGUUGCUGCUAAGCUUGCUGCUUCUACUUCCUCUGCGCAGAUGCUUACCUCUGUUCUGUCAUCCCUUGUCGCAGAAGAGGCAGCCUCUCUGAGUGGUGGCUUGAAAUCAACUGGAUUCACUGCUGGUUUACCAAUGUUUUCCCCAGAAAAAAGGCCCAAACUUGACAAACAGAUGCCUGUUUCCGAUGUUAAUAGUUCUGAGCUGGGUAAUUCACCCUAUUAUAGUUCUGCACAACAGCAACCAAUGACAAAUAUGCCACUUGCACCACCUACAAGUAUGCAACCCAUUCCCCAAGCCAACCAGAUACAAGCACCAUUUCCACCACCACCCCCUCCACCACCUAUACCUACUGCAAAUUCCCCAGUAAAUCAAUUUGUCCAAUCUGCUGGUUUGAUGAUGGGGGUUAUGCCCUAUGGAUAUGGUGCUAACAACCUCCCGCCUCCACCUCCACUGUCUUCCCAUAUGGCAAUGGGAUUAGCGAGGCCAGUACCUCAGCCACCUCCGCAGCCACUGUCUCAGCAGCAGCAGCAGCAACCACCUGCCAACAGUGGUUAUUACCGUCCUCCAGGUAUAGGAUUCUAUGGGCAAAGCCAUCAGCCUACACCACCACCUGUACCUCGGCAGUAGCUUGGAAGUAUUGGGCUCUGUAUUAUUUUGUAUAUUAAUAGGCUUGUUGUCUAGACAUAGAAAUUCUUUUUGGCUAUUUAUGAUCUUUUAUCUUUACCUAGAGUUCUUUUGAUAGACACGCUUCUUCUGCACCUCAUUUCCCUUUUUCUUGUGGCGCUUUGCUGCCAUAAGGUAGCACUCAACAGGUUAAUCUUAACAUACAUGUACAAGUAACUUUUGGCAUCGUUACCUGCACAAAUACCAGUGAGUGUUAACUGAGUAAAAUACCCCCAAUGAAGUUACCUGAUGUGUGCCCGUGCAGGAAAAUGUACAGUUUCUUUGAUAAAAUGCUUCUAAUGUGAACUUUGAAACUUGCGGCAUUUGGUA